CCAUAGAAAACACCAUAGAGUUGAAACAAAAAGCAUUGUAGUUCACGUGGGUGAAGGCCGAAAAAUGUGCUGGUUAUUAACCGAAUAAAAAUUAUACUACUGCUACAAAAAAAAUAAAAUGUCAGUUUCUUUGCUACGGAAGGGUUUGGAGUUGCUGGAGGCAUCAACAGUGUCCGCCUCCCGGCCCAAAGGAACAGCGACCACCGCCACCCAGCCCAAGAAGCAGUUGCUGACGAGGAAGAAAAAAAAGAUUGUCUCAAGACGCACAAGAGAUAAAGCUACGGUUAAAGGCAAAGUCACGAAAUCUGUAUUAGAGGAGUAUAAGAAACUCCAGGCUGUAGACCAUUUUCAGGAAAACCUGCAGUACAUGAUGAGUAGCCAAUUUGUGACAGGCAGUGCCAUCACUCAGAAGGUUCUGGCGCAAAAUAGAGGCAGGAAAGCUAGAGACCACCCAGAGACGGAGGCAAAGAAGAAGAAGCCCGAGGGCACGGUCUUCACUGAUGAAGAUUUCCAGAAAUUCGAGAAGGAAUACUUUCCUGGAGUAGUCAACCCAAACUGACCUGCCUCUUGUUGUAUGAGAGAAGUCGUCAAAGAUAGCAGUGCUGGGUCUCCGUAAGUGGUUUGGGAGCCACAUUUCCUGCAGCAUCUCCCCCUGUGACUUGCUUAGGCUUGUGUUCAGGUGUCAUAGUUUGUGCUUCUGCUAAAGGCCUCAGAUCUCCUGUUCACCCAGAAAACACGUUUACAUAUGUGACAAUA